GUUUGAGCUGCCCUCUUUAAUCUCAACUCUCCUCAACUGUAAGUGCUAGAGCUGAGCGGGACAGGAAGAAGUUGCUGUUGAGCUUGAUAGCUCAUGACUCCCGUCAUGUGACCCAGGAAAGAUGGCUGAAGAAGGGGAGAGUUGCAAAGUACCUGCUGCCGCGGAACAGAAAGAGGACUUUGAAGUCAUUGAUAGUUCCCAAAUCCCCAGUACUUCUGAGUUGAAAAGCGAUGGCAAAGAGAAAGCGGCCGAAGACUCGAGGUGGUCAGCUCCCAUUUUCUCAUUGGCCAAGAAAGCAUCGGAAAACUUAGCAGUGAGCUAUGGAAAUGCUCUGAAGUCUGCAGCCUUGGUAGGACUUAUACCCAAAACAGUCAGCAAUGACAGCACAGCCGAUCCAACAGCCAAAUUACACAUGAUGGAGGAACGUUCAAAUCUCAUGAACAUGAUGAAAUUGAGCAUUAAAGUCUUAAUCCAGUCAGCUCUGAGUUUGGGUAGGACACUUGAUUCUGACUUCCCUCCCCUGCAACAGUUCUUUGUGGUGAUGGAACACUGUCUCAAACAUGGACUUAAAGCUAAGAAGAGUUUUAUUGGACAGAAUAAAUCAUUUUUUGCACCUCUAGAGAUGGUGGAGAAACUUUGUCCAGAAGCAUCAGAUUUAGCAACAAGUGUCAGAAAUCUGCCAGAGUUAAAGACCCCAAUAGGAAGAGGCAGAGCUUGGCUUUAUCUUGCUGUGAUGCAAAAGAAACUGGCAGACUACCUGAAAGUACUCCUGGACCACAAAAAUCUGUUGAGUGAAUUUUAUGAGCCUGAUGCCUUGAUGAUGGAAGAGGAAGGAGCUGUGAUUGUAGGUCUGCUGGUGGGACUGAAUGUCAUUGAUGCAAAUCUCUGCUUAAAAGGAGAAGAUUUGGAUACCCAGGUUGCUGUGAUUGAUUUUUCCCUGUACCUUAAAGAUACACAAAACAGUGACGAUUGCAAAGAAGAUGGCGGGAUUACUGCUGUGCUUGAUCAGAAACAUUAUGUGGAAGAGCUGAACCGCCAUCUAAGUUGCACUGUUGGCGAUCUUCAGACCAAGACAGAGUGCUUAGAGAAAACCAAUUCAAAGCUCCAGGAAGAGUUGGCAGCAGCAACAGAUCGGAUCAGGGCACUGGAGGAAGAACAGCAGGAGCUGAAGCAAGAAAAUGAAUUAAUCCGUGAACGAAGUGAAAAGCACGUUGAGGUAACUAAACAGGACACCAGAGUUGAACUGGAAACAUAUAAGCAGUCAAGGCAAGGUCUAGAUGAAAUGUACAGUGAUGUCUGGAAGCAACUGAAAGAGGAGAAAAGAAUCCGAAUGGAGCUGGAGAAAGAGCUUGAGCUACAGAUUGGAAUGAAAACAGAAAUGGAAAUUGCUAUGAAACUCCUGGAGAAAGAUACUCAUGAAAAACAGGACACUUUGGUUGCCCUUCGCCAACAGUUGGAGGAAGUUAAAGCUAUCAAUUUGCAGAUGUUUAAUAAAUCUCAGAAUGCAGAGGACUCAUUGCAACAGAAAAAAGAAGCAAUAACAUCCUUUGAAGGCAAAACGGAUCAAAUGAUGUCUUCUGUGAAGCAGAUGGAGGACAGAUUGCAACAUGCAGAAAAGGCCAGGAAGGUUGCAGAAGAAAAAAAUGUCAAACUGAAACAAGAACUGGGUGGUAAAAUUGUAACCUUGAAGCAACAGCUAAUCCAACUGGAUAACAAGUGUUCAACACUUGAGGGAGAAUUAAAAUCUGAAAAAGAACAGAGACAGACUCUGCAACAUGAGCUGCAUGAAGAGAAGGACACUACAGCUUUGCUAAAAACAGAACUGCAGCAAGUGGAAGGGUUGAAAAAUGAGUUGCGAAAACUACAAGAAGAGAAGCAGCAAUUAGAAAAGAUGUGUGAUGAACAGGAACAAGCCCUCCAAGAAAUGGGGCUUCACCUUAGCCAAUCCAAACUUAAGAUGGAAGAUAUUAAAGAAGUAAAUAAAGCAUUAAAGGGCCAUACCUGGCUAAAAGAUGAUGAAGCAACCCACUGUAAACAAUGUGAGAAAGAGUUCUCCAUUUCAAGAAGAAAGCAUCACUGUCGAAACUGCGGUGACAUCUUUUGCAACACUUGUUCAAGCAAUGAGCUUGCACUUCCAUCCUAUCCAAAGCCUGUACGAGUUUGUGAUACGUGCCACACUUUACUGCUUCAGAGAUGUUCAUCAAAUUCUUCCUAAGAUAGUAGCCUAUCUUCAAGAAAACCAUAUUAAGAUCAGAGAAUGAACCAAAUGUUUAAUAGGCUUUAUUGGGAAUCUAAAUGCCACCAUUACAUAUCACACAACUUUUACGGUUCUACUGUUUUCCAUGAUAGAAUGGGACAGGGAAGAUGUAAUUUAUAAAAAUGGGGUUUACAGAAAUUACAGAAACCGAAUAUUACGCAUAGAUCAAGUGCCCGAGAAGUCUUAACCUAAAAUGUGCUCAACAUGCUGCGAGCUUUAAGGUACAGACAUCCUUUUUUUGUUUUUAAAAUAUGCUAUUUAUAUUUAACUUUGUACCACACAUUUGUACAUUUAAUCUCCAAAACAAAUUACUUUGCUGAACACCUUAAUCUCAUAAGUCUACCUACUGUUAACAGUGCCACUUAAAAAAUCCUCUAGAUUUGUAUGUAGUUAAAAGAUGAAAAUGUCAAUAUCUUAGUCCUUAUGGAAGAAAUUUUUUAAGUAAUGUAUAAAUGAAUGUGCCUUUACUAUUCUUCGAAAGUAAAUAGAGUACAAUGUUUCUAAAGCACCUAUAAAAGUGAGGAUGCAAUAAAAGCUUAAAUGGAAUUAAAACAAA